AUGUCGGACGGAUUCGCUUCAAAAGAGGAGGCCGAUAAGAUCUUCGCCAAGUUGAGACAGCACCCUGCCAACCAGGUCUGUUUCGACUGCCCAAACAGAAACCCUACGUGGACUUCGAUCCCCUUUGGUAUCUUCUUAUGCUUAGAAUGCUCGGCUGUCCAUAGAAACUUGGGAGUCCACAUUUCGUUCGUCAAGUCGCUGAAUUUGGACCAAUGGCAGCGUAUCCAAUUGAGACACUUUAAAUUUGGCGGUAACCAGGUGGCCAAGGAGUUUUUCACCAAGAACGGUGGUGCCCAGUAUGUUAACGGCAAGGCUGACGCCAACACCAAGUACACGAGCCCGGUUGCUAAGAAAUAUAAGGAGAAGCUUAAAAAGACCGCUCAGCAAGACGCUUUGAAACAUCCAGAUGAGGUCACGCUAGAUGACUCUCUGGACUCGUUGUCUUUGGUGGAUGGCUCGCUGUCGAGUGCUGCUGCUUCCACUGAUGAUUUCUUCUCCAACUGGAGCAAGCCUAUCAACUCCACUCCUUCUCCCUUGGGACUGAGACCAUCCACUCCUUCCGGCAUCGGCUCGAACGGCGGCUCUGCUUCUGUUUCUGGCGAUGAAGGCACUGCUGCCAGGAAACCUGCUGUCAGAACUGCGGCUGCAAGAGCCAAGACUAACGCCAACGCUUUGGCUGCUAAGAAAUCUAUUCUCUCAGGCAAGGGCAACGGGCCCAGGACGUCGCGGGCGGCUGCCAGAAGAGUUAAACAGCAAGACGAAGAAAUCGACUUUGAAGAGCUUGAAAGAAAGGCCAAAGAAGAGGCCGAGGAGGCUAAGAAGUUGGGCUACAAGCCAGCUGCUGAACCAGCUGCCGAACCUUCUCCAAGAGCAGCACCCAAGCCAGUCUCAUCGUUGUCUUUGGGCAACGGAGGUGGAUUCGGAGCCACUGCACAAGAGGAAACGCCAAAGCCCGUGGAGGAGACCACUGUUCAGUUCCAGAAAUUGGGUUUCGGUAUGACACAAGGUGGUAACGACACUUCUAGCGGCAGUAAGAAACAAUACAAGGACGUGGCUUACACUGGAGAGGUGGCCAACAAGUACGGCAAGCAAAAGGGUAUUUCUUCAGAUGAAUAUUUCGGCAGAGGCCCAAGAUUUGACGAGAACGUGAAGCAAGAAGCGCAACAGAAACUCCAGGCGUUCAACGGCAGCCAGUCCAUCUCGUCUACUUCAUACUUUGGCGAGGAUGAACAAGCGAGCCAAGGACCAAGAAGAAACCAAGGAGGACUUGGAGAGUUUGAAACUGCGGCUAGAGAGUUUGCGCUGAAGUUCUCAGGCAACGCUAACCAGGACCUUGAUGUUUUGAAGGAUGCAUUAGAAGAUGGAGCCAACAAGUUGGGCGGAUACUUGAGGGAUUUCUUGCGUUGA